GUCCAGUUAUCAAUGGUUUGAAGUUUUCCCCGUCUACCCGUAAACAAGGAAAAUGGAGUUUUUAAACAUUUAAACGGUGUUUUUCAAAAGCUAAGUUUUCAUGAGCCUAAAAAGCAGUUUGCUACGUUUUUGGAAACAACCCUGGGUACGUUGGACAUAGGGAUAUACCUGCCCACGUGGGGCGUGGCUCUACAAGGCGACAGCAAAUGACUUAGGCGGGCUUCAUAGUGUCUGAGGUGCACGUAUCUGUUAAAGGCUAAAAAACUUUCCUUGCUGCAGCUGGAUACUUCUCCAAAUAAUGCAAAAUACUGUUCAGUAAGCUAAUUUCACCUACAAGGUCCAGCUUCACCUGAAACACAUCUCAAAGCAGCGCUUUGGAACAUCUGCUCUUCGACGGCCGCAUCCCUAGUUUUCGGAGAACGCAGCCCUCGGUGGUGCCUCUAAACUGAGAGAGACAAAAUACACUCCUGUAUUUACCUUCCGAGAUAAAAAAUAUCCAUUUACACUUUUAAUGCAACACUGCACAGGACAGAGAAAAUGAUACGUGACUUCUGUAUUGAAUUUGCUUUUCGUUAUAUGCCGGAUUGAUCCGAGAAACGUCUAAAAUGUAACGAAAGCAAGGUAUGAGAAAAAAACCGGUCUGUGGAAUUUGCAAAAUGAGCCACCCAUUCAGGAAACUGGAUUCUUGGAUUGUGCUGAUAGCUAUUUUGGCUUCUGUUCCUCCCAUUUUGGCUUUUGACUUUACAUGUGUACCCGAUACUGUGAGAAACCCUGUGAACACCACUGCUGAACUUCAUUGCUCCUUGACCAAUAUACAGAUAAAAGGACCAAUAACUGUUGUUUGGACAAAAGACAGCAUUGUGCUUAAAAAAUAUCAAAAUUCUUCACGACUGCGCAGAGACGCGUUGAAUUCUAGAUAUCAUUUACUAGAGGAUGAUAUAAAACAUGGGAAGAUUAUCUUGCAAAUCACAAAUACUGAACUGUCAGAUGAUGGAAUUUAUGAAUGCACAGUUAUUGUCAAUGAGGCCUAUCGUGAAGCACUAGUCCGGCUAUUCAUUACAGAUCGUGUCAAGGAGAAAACUGAUGCAGAUCAUAAAGUUCAAGCAUUAGUAAAAUUCAGCCAUUUGAAAGAGGACUAUCAAGAAGAUGGUGGCCAUAGACGUCAUCGUAAUAUCAUCCCCACAGUGUUCAUCUGUUUUGGUUUUAUGGCUGGAGCAUGUGCUGUUAUAGUGAUGAAAAAGACAAUUUUCAUGGCAAGAAAAUGAAAAGAAUUUCGGGCAUCUACCAGUUCACAUGCUCAUAAAUGCACCUCCGCUGAAGAGCAGAUGUGUAGCUGUCCUUGAUAUAUCUGGGAAUGUUUAAUGAACUGCUUGAGUUCUAGCUGGAGCCAAUACAUCUCAGCAGUCAACAUAGUGCUGAGAGGGACUCAACAUCAUUUCAUAAUGACAGUAAAACUAACUUUCGUGGGACUAACUUUCUUGGGACUAAGUCCAGAAGAAUUAAAACCUUGAAGUCCUUUCACAUCUCUGUGUUGUUUCCAUUAACCAGGUACAUGAUAAUAAGUGGAAAGUGUUACAUAACCGAGGCUCAUUGUCUUAUGAAAUUUCUCAAGGGACACUGGGUAACAACACUAGUAUUUGAAUAUUUCCCAAUUGCAUAUUAAUAAAAUACAUUGACAACAUUUAAAAUGUUGCAAACAUGAUGAAGAAAAAGAUGACAAAUAAUUUCUCCCAGUAUAGCAAUCUGUUUGUCUAGUGCUAACCCUAGUAUGUCAAUGCAAGAGUUCUUUGUGAUCCAUAAAUUAAAUAAUGGACACACUGGGCAAGGAGACAUGUGGCCACCAGAGGGAGUUCUGAAGUUAAGGCCAAAAGACCUUCUGGGUAGGGCAGUCUUAAUGCAUGGGGAUGCUGGGCAGUUGUCCGGUGGCCCCACGAGCAUAGGAGCCUCAUGCUAAUCUAUGUAUAUUGUGAUUGCUGUCAAUAAAUAAACACUAUACUAUAGUAAACUAUAAAUAUUUGUUAUUGUGCUACAAGUGGACAUUGGCAUUCACCUCAGACAUAGUAUCACGGUCCCCUCUGCAACCUCACGUGCCUGUAUAUGUACGAAUCUCACGCACUACAUAACGUAAAAGUGUAUAUGCGUACAUUAACUCAAUUCUCUGCAAAGAAAUUUCACUGCUGAACACUUGAUCAAUAAUAAAUAAUUAUAGUAAUUUCACUCUGUGUCAUCUCUGUCUGUAGGGUUUACCAAUCGAGUAUCAUUUAUAUGUUGAAAUGUUUGUGUUUUUCAAGGCUCCUAUCAUAUUUUUCAAAUGUUUGUGUUGAUUAAUCUUUGUUGUACCACAUGUUUUUUAGUGUUUAAACACUGAUUUUGUUGGAAGUACCAAUACAAUGAAUAUAUGUUUAACUUUAUCGACCAUUUACAUUUUAUUCCUAUGAGUGGUUGUGUAGGUUAGGGGACCGAGUGCACUGCUUUGCCCGGGGGCCUAUAAUGCUGUUAAGACCGCCCUGCUUCUGGGUGUUACACUGUGACCUAUAAUAACUUUGGGAAUUACCUUGGAAUCCCACCCUGGGUUUAAAGACACCCCAUAGUGCCAUUGGUUGGGGAAACUUGGAGAUGAUAGGAGAGAGUAUGCCAAAGGCUCACUGGCAGGGAGUAAGUGGUCAGAUGAAUAGAGGAGAGGACUGAAUUGCUCGUCCUUUGUGUUAUUCUUACAUUUUGAUUUUUCUUCCACGUUUACCAAACUCCUGUUUUUUGUUCAGUGACAACUAAAUCAUUGCCAACAAAAUGCGCAAAGAGAUUUCCUAGUCGCAAUGUUUGUUUAAACAAAGUAGUUUGUUUCUAGUAUUAUUGUGACUUAGUUGGAAGAUCAGACCUUGUUUUUGAAAGUUAAUUCAUGCACAAAUUCAGAGGACUACACAAAUGUUUUCUUCCAACCAGGUACAAUAUUUUGUACAUCUAUAAAGUCACCUGACCAUAACAUGUUAUCAGAUCAGACAUUACUGUUUUUAACCAAUAGAGACUCACAAACUAGGGAUCCUUCCAUUUUACCUCAUUUGUAGCUUUUCAAACAGACUUGAUGGUCUGAAUUGUCUCUCAUUUUGUGAAUUUCUUGUGCUUUCUUUCAGUUCACGUAUAGUACAUUUGUAUACUUAUACUGUGCUUUAAAGUAAAUAUUAUUGUUAUGCAUUAAAGUUUGAUUUUUUCACUAA